UUGGGUAUUUCUGGUGAUCUUGGUAAAUCAUGGCAUCAAAAAUACAAAGAUUCUGCAUGGAUCUAUAUUGGAGGCUUGCCAUAUGAUCUCACAGAAGGAGAUAUCAUUACAGUUUUUUCACAAUUUGGCGAAGUAAUAAAUAUCAACUUGCUGCGUCAUGCGGACACAGGGAAGUCUCGCGGUUUCUGCUUUUUAUGUUAUCAGGAUCAGAGGAGUACCAUACUUGCUGUGGACAACUUCAACGGAAUCACUCUUCUGAAAAGAAUGAUACGGGUGGAUCAUGUGGAACAAUACAAAGUACCGAAGUAUAAAGAAAAUGCUGAUGAAGAAACAAAACGAUUAUGGGAGGAAGGUUGUGCUCCCAAGCCAAUUCAAAUAACUGAAGCAGGUGUGUUCGCAGAUCAGAGGAGUACCAUACUUGCUGUGGACAACUUUAACGGAAUCACUCUUCUGAAGAGGAUGAUACGGGUGGAUCAUGUGGAACAAUACAAAGUACCGAAGUAUAAAGAAAAUGCUGAUGAAGAAACGAAACGAUUAUGGGAGGAAGGUUGUGCUCCCAAGCCAAUUCAAAUAACUGAAGCAGAACUCAGAGAGUUAAAAAAGAAGAUCAAAAAAGAUCGAAAGAGGGAGAAGAAGGAGAAGAAAAAAGCUAAAAAGGAAAAGAAGAAACUGAAGAAACUUUUGGAAAGCACUGAUCGUGAUGUGAAUGCCGAUUGGAAGGAUCAGUCGAAGUUGUUGGAUAAGCUAGUGAAGGAAGAUGAUCUAUAUGGUCAAAAUUCACAUUUCAACUUUGGCAAAAAGACUGAAGCACCUGAAGAACCCACGCAUAAUCCUCGUCCCGAUUUCGAGAAGGCGGAUUGGCGUGAUAUUGAAAUAUGGAAAGAGAUUCGUGAACGUGAAAAAGCCGAACAAGCACCUAAGAAAGUCGAUUGGAAGCCAGAAGAACACUAUGUUUCAAGUCGAUAUCGUUAA